AUUAGCCGUAAAAGUUCAUCAGACGGUCUCUUCUUUUUAAUUACGCUGGGAUGUUCUUUUCUUCGCUUUCAUGCUGGAUUAUAUUUGGGUGGCUUGGACUGCUUUCAGCGUUGGCUGUCUCUCGUAUAUUGUGACAGCGAGAAUCCUAUUAAGGACAUGAGAAGAUUUGUUUAUUGCAAAGUGGUUCUGGCCACGUCUUUGGUGUGGGUUCUGUUGGACGUCUUUUUACUUCUGUACUUCAGCGAAUGUAAUAAGUGCGAUGACCGAAGGGACAGAUCACUUUUGCCUGCACUCAGAGCUGUUAUUUCAAGAAAUCAAGAAGGUCCGGGAGAACAGGGGAAAGCAGUCCUCAUCCCUAAAGAUGAUCAGGAAAAAAUGAAAGAACUUUUCAAGAUCAAUCAGUUCAACCUAAUGGCCAGCGAUUUAAUCGCUUUAAACCGAAGCCUACCCGAUGUGAGAUUGGAGGGAUGUAAAACCAAGGUUUACUCAGAUGGACUUCCCAAUACAAGCAUUGUCAUUGUGUUUCACAACGAAGCUUGGAGCACCCUGUUGCGGACUGUCCACAGCGUUAUCAAUCGGUCCCCGCACCAUCUCUUGGCUGAAAUCAUUUUGGUUGAUGAUGCAAGUGAAAGAGACUUCCUGAGAACGCCAUUGGAAAACUAUGUUAAGCAUCUGGAAGUCCCGGUACAAAUUUUACGGAUGGAGCAAAGGUCGGGAUUGAUUCGAGCGCGACUCAGAGGAGCAAAAAUUUCAAAGGGCCAGGUGAUAACGUUCCUGGAUGCUCAUUGUGAAUGUACAGUCGGGUGGUUGGAGCCUCUGCUGGCACGGAUUCAUGAGGACAGAAAAACUGUUGUUUGCCCAAUAAUUGAUGUUAUAAGCGAUGACACGUUUGAAUAUAUGGCCGGCUCUGACAUGACCUAUGGUGGAUUUAAUUGGAAGUUGAACUUUAGAUGGUAUCCUGUUCCUCAGAGGGAAAUGGACAGACGGAAAGGAGACAGAACAUUACCAGUGAGGACACCUACAAUGGCCGGAGGACUGUUUUCAAUUGACAAGGAUUACUUUGAAGAACUAGGAACCUAUGAUUCGGGAAUGGAUAUAUGGGGAGGAGAAAAUCUUGAAAUGUCAUUUAGGAUUUGGCAAUGCGGUGGAUCUUUAGAAAUCGUAACAUGUUCCCAUGUUGGACAUGUCUUUCGGAAAGCAACACCUUAUACAUUCCCAGGAGGAACAGGUCACGUGAUCAACAAAAAUAACAGACGACUAGCCGAAGUGUGGAUGGAUGAUUUUAAGGACUUUUUCUAUAUCAUAUCUCCAGGUGUUGUGAAGGUGGAUUAUGGUGAUAUAACCGAAAGAAAAGCACUUAGAGAAAGGCUAAAAUGUAAACCAUUUUCAUGGUAUCUGGAAAACGUAUAUCCGGACUCCCAGAUCCCGAGACGCUACUUUUCGCUAGGCGAGAUAAGAAACGUAGAAACCAAUCAGUGUCUCGAUAACAUGGGUCGAAAGGAGAAUGAGAAAGUGGGCAUAUUCAACUGCCAUGGGAUGGGAGGAAACCAGGUUUUUUCUUACACGGCGGACAAAGAAAUCCGUACCGAUGAUUUAUGUCUGGAUGUAUCGAGACUAAAUGGCCCGGUUCUCAUGCUGAAGUGUCACCACAUGAGAGGCAAUCAGCUCUGGGAAUACGAUGCCGAGUAUGCGGGUAAAUGGGAAUAUAAUUUUGAGCAUUUUAUAUUGAGACACAUAAACAGCAACCAGUGCCUGGACGAGCCAGCAGAUGACGAUAAGAUGGUUCCCACCAUGAAGGAGUGUAACGGAAGUCGAUCGCAGCAAUGGCUGUUGCGUAACAUGACCCUGGGUGCUUGAAGCUGGCACACAGUCCCCCAUAUUUUGCGGUAUCAUCGAACAUCAAUUAAAAGUUAUUUGGAGGAACAUAACACUUCCAUCAUUCUCAUUGACAUAAAAUAAUUGCAAACCUUUCUAAAUCCAGAUACAAAGACAUUAAUAGAACAUUUUCUAAUU